AGCACUGACGUCUCUCCUCCUCCUCCUCCUCCUCCUGUCUCCGCACUGCUGGCCAGCUGCUGCUGCUGCUGCUGGGUACCACAGGCAGCAUCAUCGGCAGCAGACAUUGACCAAAAUAACACCCCGGGGGAAAGUGUGGACGCAUCCGUCGCGGGGGAUUUUCGCAGUUUGUUCCCGGCUCUGCGGAUGGGUUCCCUGCAGAUCUGAUGGUGCUGAGCAGACUCGUCUGAAGGCUUCCGGCCAGGCGGACAUUCGCGAGGCCGCAGAGAGAAAGAGAGAGAGAGAGAGAGCGAGAGAGAGUGAGACGCACCACCGAGCGUCCAGGACUGCGUCCGUCCUCCGUCCGUUCAUGGACUGCGCUCUGUGAUCUUUCUGUCUCUCUGAGUGCUUUAUAGUAGAAGAUGGCGGACAGGGCUGAGAUGUUCUCUCUAUCCACCUUCCAUUCCCUCUCCCCGCCUGGCUGCAGGCCAUCCCAUGACAUUAGUCUGGAGGAGUUUGAUGAUGAAGAUCUUUCUGAAAUCACAGACGACUGUGGAAUUGGACUCAACUAUGACUCUGAUCCAUAUGAAAAGGAUUCCCUUAUUUUGGAGAAGAAUGACAUACACCACCCAGUCUGCUCCUUCCAGGAUGACUUCCAAGAGUUUGAGAUGAUUGACGAUGAUGAUGAUGAUGAAGAGGAGGAGGUCGACCCUGAUGCACCUCCAUCUCCUUCAGCUUCCCCUCCUCUUUCUCCAACUCUUGGCACCCUGAAGAGCAGACCCACCACGCUGAACCUCACCACUGCUGUGUCACAGGAUUCUUUGAACAACAACAGCAGCCUAUCUCCAAAAAAAGGAAGCUGGCAGGAUUCUUUACGCAAUCCAGCUUCACAAGGUCGUCUGUCUCCAACACACUCGUGUCUAGUGGAUGGUAGUCAUGUGACAGGCCAGUGCCCGGCCUCCCCAGUUUUCCAGGCUCCAGGGUCGCAGAGCAAAAGUACUCCAUCAAAACAGGCAGGGGAGGGCGGGAACCCCCAGUCUCCUCAUCGACCCCUCCUCUGUGACAUGGAGGGCAACAGGCGGGAGAGGCCUGAAUACGGCUCAUUUGGUCACCACAGAUCUCACUCAGGCUCCACUGAUUUUACUGACCCGAAGGUAGACCCUUCAGUCCAGACAGCCAGAGCAUCCUCCAUAGACGAGCACUCCCAGUGUUCUGACACAGAGGUGGAUCAUGAUCUCAACAGUGACCACAAUCACAAACACUCAAACCGCCGCCUCACAGAUACCUACACAAUCACCAGCGAGUCAGGAAUGGAGCAAGAAAAUGAUCUUGACCUGGAUGGAACCAGUCGUUGUUUAUCAUCCACAGCACCCAUAGGAGCUAAUGAUGGUGCUGAUACACCCUUAUCUGACGAAGAGUUGGAAAAGGACUUUGAAGUGGAGUUUAUGUGUAAGGAGACCUAUGAUAUGGUGUGCAAGGAAAAUCCGUUGUCAUAUGUGGAAUUCCCCUCCAUUGAACACCAUGAGCCUGCAUCGUUCUCCAGCUAUCAGUCAUCAAGCCGCUCAGAAGCUCUCGGGCAAUCCAACAGUUCAGAAGCUCUAUCAGUUUCUGCCACAGUUGCAGCAGCUAAUGAUUCCACCUCUCCAUCCUCAGAUCCAGGGAUAGCAGAUAUGAACCAACAGGGUUAUAUUACCUCAGAUCAGGACAAGGACCUCAGCUCUUCAGGCUCUGAUUCUGAUGUUGAAGGGGAGCUGGAGGCAGCAUUUGCUUGUGGAGGACCUGUGGUCUCAAACAUGAUUUCCUCUAUUUCAGAGACAGAGUUAGAUCUGACAAGUGACGAGAGCAGCAGUGGACGAUCGUCUCAUCUCACCAACUCUAUUGAGGAGGCCAGCUCGCCUACAUCAGACCAGGAACUGGACCCAGAUACAGAGUUAGAGCAGGACAGUGGAAUAGUUGGAUUGAAAGCCUCACUCUUCCUGGGUCAGCCUGAUCCAAUCAAAGAAGGUUCUUUUGUACUCUCUCCUUCUCCUCUACCCUCACCCACUAUUGCAACUCCCUCCCCUGUUGACUCACCCAUCUUACUCCCUGAGUCCUAUGAUGAUGAUCAAGCACUGAUGGGGAUGCAGAGUGUGGAUGACGAGCUGUCUUGUGAGCACCAUGCUGAUCCAGAUGAAACUCUGCCUCCAACCCAAUGUAGUGAGGACUGUUUGUCCAGACCAAUGGUGCUUGAGAUUGAACCAGACCAUGGUCUAGAGAGCUUUAAGCGCUCCUUCUACCUGCCAGUGGGGCCCAGGCUAAUGCCAAGUCAAGAUGAUUAUGAUGAAACAAGUGAGGGAGACUCUGAAUCAGAAAGUGAAGAUGACCUGAGUGAGAACUCUGAUUCUCCCUGGCUACUUAGUAACUUAGUCAACCGGAUGAUCUCAGAGGGCUCAUAUCCCAUCAGCUGCCCCGAGGAGUGUUUCAAGAGAAAAGCGUCUGUGUCUGAUACCAUCUCACCAUCUUCAGAUAUUGGGGAGGGAGAUAGUUUCAAUGAUGAGGCCCAGGAAUCAAAAGCAGAUAUGGAGGAAUCACGGAAAAGGGACAAGGAAGGUGAAGGAUACCGAAAGGAGAAAAAAGAGCCAGCGAGAAGCCAGAAUGAUGAGUUCUUAAAUGGAGGGGCAGUGAUAAGUUCCCAAUUCUAUAUGAGCAACACCACUGGUGAUGCCAUUUCCCCACUGAUUUUAGAAUGCUGUGGAAAGAAUGAGAGAGAAACCAUAGAUUUAAGUCCUGCGUACACCACGAAAGGCUGUGACAAGAACUCCACUGAUCAACCAUCUAAGAAUGUUUGGAAACAGGAGGAUGAAGAGCCCAACAAUGACUUGAUGAUGCUGGAGGGCAGAAAGGAUUUGGACUCACCCAGCCUUAGUGAGAGUGUGAUCAGCGACAAGGAUGAAGGUCGAGAAACAGAGCCCAGGCCAACAAGUCGUUCAGCAGCCUCUCUUGAGCGCAUCACCGAGGUCAAACACAGCCUGACGUUGGACAUACCUUCUGCUCAAACCAACCGCUGCUUUAGCCUCACUUAUUCCACAGACAAUGAUGACGAAGAGGAGGAGGAUGGUGACUCCUAUCCUUUCUUGGGUAGCUUGAGGAAGCACUCCUAUAAUAAUAGUGAUUUAGAGCUUGACAGCUCACCACCCAUUGAUUCCAGUGUGCACAAUCCUUCAUUACCUGAUCAUGACCUCCCACUGUGUGAGAAAGAUCUGGCUCUAAGGCAGCAUAAUGAAGAUGAUGGACUGGCCUAUGACUCCAUGAAGUACACGUUAGUGGUCGAUGAGAAUACAACCCUGGAACUAGUAAGCCUUAGAAGGUGCACCUCAGUUCUGAGUGACGACAGCGAGCUUUCAACACCAUGUGAUGGCGAGGCCUUAGGGAGAGACGAGGUCAAAUAUGUAUGUAAAAAUGUGGAGGUUAGGCCAGAUCUUCUCAGCUCUUCUGAAGACUCAUCUCCAGAGGCUGACCUGCCAUUUUCCAAGAAGUUCCUUAAUGUGUUUGUCAACAGCACCUCCCGUUCUUCCAGCACAGAAUCUUUUGGACUUUUCUCGUGUACCAUCAGUGGAGAGGAGAGGGACCAGACACAUAGGGCAGUUUACAGGUUCAUUCCCAGACAUGCAGAUGAGCUGGAGCUGGACGUGGACGACCCUUUGUAUGUGGAGGAAGAAGAGGAUGACUACUGGUACAGAGGCUAUAACAUGCGGACAGGAGAGAAAGGGAUAUUCCCAGGCUUCUAUGCUCAGGAGGUCAUAGGCCAGUCAAAGGAGUUGCUGGGCCUGAAAAGAAAUCCAGCAUGGAUUGAGACUUUUAAUGUUCAGUUUUUGGGGUCUGUUGAGGUACCUUAUCAUCAAGGCAACGGCAUUCUCUGUGCCGCCAUGCAAAAGAUUGCAAUAUCGAGGAAACGGACAGUGCAUGUGCGACCUCCAUCCCUGUGUGAGUUGGAGAUCAGCUUGCAAGGUGUGAAGCUAAUUAUGAGCCUGGAGGAUGAAUAUGACAUCCUUGAUGAGUUUGACAGAUGUAGUCACUUCUUCCAGAUGAAAAACAUCUCGUUCUGCGGGUGUCAUCCGAGGAACAAUUGCUACUUUGGUUUCAUCACUAAGCAUCCAAUGCUGAACAGAUUUGCUUGCCAUGUGUUUGUAUCCCAGGAAUCCAUGCGGCCUGUGGCUGAGUGUGUCGGUCGAGCCUUCCAGGAGUACUACCAGGAACAUCUGGAGUACGCCUGCCCUACUGAGGACAUCUACCUGGAGUAAGACAAGCUCCCAUGACAACCCUUUUCGUCAACAGCUUGUGUACAUUCGUCAAGUUUGCCAGCAGAGGACGCUCUCGGUGUUUUUCUUUUCUCUUUUUCAACGCCAUUGUAAAAUACUUUUUCUUUCGUACUCAAAACAGGGAUUCUCAUUUCUACGAUGCGCUUUUCACCUCACUGAUUAUGCUCAUCCCUUUUUUCUAUGAUCUCGAUGGAUUGAUUGCAUCUUUCAUUUCCUUCUUUCUUUUUCUAUAUUAAACGACGAUGCCGUGUGGCUGUUUAUUUUAACAGAUCCUCUUCUGUAAUGCAAACACACCUACUACGGCUGUUUCACUUCUCAAUGCAUGGCUAGUAGGGUUAAUGCACACAGACGCACCAAGAAAUACACAUAUCCAAGUGAAUGGCAACCAGCUCAACAAUCAGCAGGUAGGAUGGUGUAGAAUCAGGUGGCUGGUAUUUCAGUUACCUGUAAAUAUAUAUACUUUUUUCAGCAUUGACAAGCAGCUAAUUUGCUACUGACGAUGGUAUUUGAGUUAACUAGAGAGAACGAGGGGCCCUUUACUCAAGCAUCCCCCGUGUCCUGUACGAGACAUAGUGUGUGUUGUAAAUAUGUGUAUAGAAAGUAGAUGUACAUCAGCUUCAUUCAAGCUAAUGAAGACACCGCUGGGACUGAAUUUGUUCUUAGUUUUGAUGGUGAUAAAACGUGUCUCAGUCUGACAGCACCUGGUGUAGAAGUUAAAUAAGCAGUAAAAGUUGACUUGGAAUGAACUUAUUAUGUUAUUUCUGCAGAUAUUCGAUUCACUUUGGAGUAGAUCCAGUAACUGUUAGAAAAUCUCAAUGUCAGCAUUAUUUUUCUUCUGUCCAGUCCUGAAAGUUGCACUGAUUGUUGACUUUUACCACGAGUAGCUAUCAUGCAAAUCAUGCAGUUCAAUUUGUAAACUGCUUUGUUGUAAAUGAUGGGACUUUUAAGUCAAAGAUAACUACGGCCCUCUGACAAGCCAUAUUCUCACGACUCUUACCGUGUAACUCUGGGCUUCUGUUUGGUUUUAGUCUGGUCUCCACUUUCUUUUGACUUGGACAUUUCAAUGAGGGAAAAGGAUUGACUAGAUAGACCAGUGUCACAAAACCUUCUAAUUCUUGAUCCUGCAGUGAAAUCAGCUCUUUAAUAUAGCAUUAAAGCAACAGCUUAGAUCUGUUGAAGUGGGUUCUAUGGAAAAUUUGUGGACAAUUAAUAUCUUACUUGUUGCAGAUGACUCUUUGAUCAACCAGUUUUUUUAGAAAAGGACAACUGAUUUAUGAGCUAACCGCUAGUCCGAGCAAGGCCAAGGUAAAGAGAAUUGCUGCUGUUUUUAAACAAGUAAGUUUAAAAAUGUUUAAAACCAAAAAUCUAAAAUGAACAAUGUUCAUGUGAACGUUAUUUUGUAAAUCUUUAAAUUGUUGUCCGUUCUACGUUACACCAGAUUUUAUGGUCAUUUACAUGCAAACAGAGGCCUUGGGCACUUCCUGUUGGAAUAUCAUAAUUCAAUCAAAAUACCUGUUGACGGCAGUGUAAAGGUUUUAAACUAGAACAUGCCUGAGCUGCUAUGAAACCUUGCUUUAAAACACUAUUGUUUAUAACAUUUCCACAGAACCACUCCAGAAGAUUUAACCUCUCUUUUAGUGGGAGGUUUCAUCAUGUAAUUGUUUAGACUUCUUAUUAUGAGUAUGGAGGAUAAAACGGAUGGUAACCUCUUCCUUCAUUAGGCUUUUGCUUUGUGGCUUGUAAAAGGUUGAACUAAAUAAAAAACAAGUCACAGUGAAUUAUGGGGUUAAUACUGCAGUUCUAUGAUACAAAAAUGCAUUGAGACAUUCAAAAGUAGAUAAAAAAAAAAGAGACUAAUCAGAACUUAUUCCCAAUUGUCGCGAUUGUAAUUUCACACAUUGUGUAGCCAUGUGUUCUGCUGCUGUCAGUCUGAAUCCACAUCAUGUUCCAUCUGCAGGGUUUCAGUGCUAAACAGCUCACUGGAAGUCGAUAUGACAGGAACGAGGGGAUUACCUACAUAUUUAUCACUGUCAGUUAGAUCAUGUAUAUACAAUAGCAAAUCUAAGUGCUGUGUCAUUUAUGUUGAGUAUGUUGACAAAAUGAUGUACAAUAAUUAAAAAUUAAAAAAAGAUCACAACCAGACUAAAACCCCUGAAAAGAAAUAUAUAUACAUGACCUGCAAUGAGUUUAUUAUUUAUGUUUCUCAAAGAGCUAUGUUAAGGCACGAGGUGACAUCUUAGUCUGCCAUGUUGGUGGUAUUUUGGUCCCUGCUGACUCCACAACCUUCACAGACAAGCUUCAGCAGCACAUUUAGGGCACAUGUGAUAGACGUGAGACCCCCACCAAAACCUACUGAUCAACGCAGUUAAUAGUGACAGUCAGCUGCUACUGGAAAAUUGUGUUUUGCUCAUUAUUGCAAUCACCUUUGAGCUCCAACAGUGUGAUCCAUCUCCGAUCUGUAGCGAUUUGCUUCCGAAUGUUUUUUUUUCUAUCUGGUUAAAGUCAAAGUUUAAUCCCACUUUUCACAGUUACACAGAUACAACCUCAGAGGAUGGAUUUAGUCCUGUAUAGCCGCAGAGAAAUACAGUUAAACCGACUUUCAACUUUAUUACUUCAACAUGAUUCUUCACUGUAUACCUAGAACAAAACCAUAUGUGAGAAAACAAAAAUAAACUAACAUGUAUCUUAAAAAUGAGGACUUGUAAAAAGAAAAAACUAAAAAAAUAAUUUAAAAAAAUCACUCUGCCUUGUCAUGGGUUUGGUCUAAUGAAUAAAUUAUAUGCU